AUGACAAUUGCUGCAUGUUCAAUUGUCACGUCACCACCACCAACACAACCACCAACAGCUGAUAAUAGUAAUAGCAAUAUGGAUAAAAAUAUUGAUAAACCACUAGAACAACAUAUAAAACAAGGUAUUGAAAGUAUGUCUUCUGAAACAACAAAUUCUACUCAUUCUCGUGGACGAAAUAAGGCAAGUGAAUCUAGUGAAUCUAGUGAGGAUAGUGAAUCUAGUGGACUUGGUGGUUCACAAAAAGAUCAUACAUUAAAUACUGAUGAUGAAUCAGAGACACUUGAACAAAUGAAUGAAGAAGAAAAUAAAAAUGUUAUUCAUUAUUUAGGAAAGAUAAAUGAGGAAAAUGAAAAAAAAAAUAUUAGUAAAGAAUUACAUGAUGAUUCACCUAAUAAUGGUGACGAAGAAAAUGAUAAUAAUAAUAAAAAAAUAAAUGAAUAUGUGAAUAAAGAAGAGGAGGAAGAGGAUGCUACUCAGGAAACUCAAAUUUUAUCCGAUGAAUAUGAUGGAAUAUUUGAAGAAAAAGAAAUUUAUAAUUCUAAUGAUGAAAAUGAUAAACAAAUAUUAGAUAAAGAAGAAAUUUGUAAUGAAAUUGAAAAUGAUAUUUAUGAGGAUGUUUCAGUUAAUGGUGACUACUCAACUGAUAAUGAAAGGAAAAGUAAAUUAAAAAGUAAUUAUGAAAAUGGUAAUUCUAAUCAAGAUAAUGAAGGAGAAAUUUCAAAUGAUGAAAAUAUUGAUCCAGAUAAUAGUAAUAUAUGUCAAAAUGAAAAUAUUCCUAGUCAAAAUGAUGUGGUGAUGGAAGAUGAAGAAGAAGAAAUAAAUAAUAGAUCUCAACAAAAUUCCUCUAUAGGAUAUUCUACAAAUGAUGUACCACGUUAUUCAAAUGAAAGAUUAAUGUCAGAUAAUUAUGGAACAACUUCAAUUAAAUCACAACAACAACCACCACCAGAAGGUACAUAUAUUAAUGGUGUUUGGAUACCAAAUAGUAGAUUAUCACAUCUUCAACAAAUGACAUUUAAUGGUUUACAAUUUCAGCCUAUACCUGGUUUUCCACAAUAUUUAGUUCCACCUCCAGUACCAAUGAUGCAACAAAUGGUUACACAAGUAUCACCACAAAAUAUUAAUUCACAAUCAUUACAAACAAUGGCAAAUGAAAAUAAUCCAAAUGUACAAAAUCCAUUAUCAACAAUACCAUCUCUUCAAGCAUUUAUUAUGCCACAACAUCUUUAUCCAUACUUUGUUGAUAAUCGUUUUUCUGAUUUUAGAAAUAUAGUUGCUACUGGCCCAACAACAAUUAAUGCACCAAUCCCAUCUGAAGAAGGUUAUGAUUUAUUUUUACAUUUACAGGAAGGUGAAUCUAUAUCAUUAUGUGUUGGAUCACCUGAUAUGUCAAAAUUAACUGGACCAAUAAGUAUGAGAUGGGUUGCCAGACCAGGUGUUAUACCAACAGCAUUACCAUUAAUAGUACCUCCUGGACAUAUUGUACAACAAUUAAUUGAUGAAAGAGGUAUCUUACGUCAUAUGAUUUUAUCACCAGAUUCACAAGUAUAUCAUAACGAUAAAGAAAAAAAUAAUAAUAUUUCUAAUAUAUCAUCAAAUAAUAAUAGUAAUAACAAUAUUAUUCUUAAUUGUAAUAAUACAAAACAACAACAAAAUAAUAAUGGUAAUAAUAAUAAUAUAAAUAAUAGUGGAAUGUUAAGACCAAGAAGUCAUACAACAUCACUUCAUUAUAAUAAAGGUGAUCGUAAUUCACCAUCUGAAAUUGGUGGAAGAAAUAUUAAUUAUCAUGGAAAAAAUAAUAGAAUGUCAUCAGGAGUUAAUAAUUUUAGUGGUAAUAAUAACAAAAAUCAUAGUAAUACUAAUUUAACAUUAUCAAAUAAUAGACCUCAACAACAAAAUAAUUAUCACCAUACAAAUGCAGGUCAUUCUGUUGGUGGAAAUCAAAAUACAAGAUAUAAUAAUAGUCAUACUAAACAACAACAACAACAACAUACACAAUAUGAUAAUUAUUCACAAAAUAAUAAUAAUCAUAAAAAUGUUACUUUUGAACCAUAUGAAAUUGAAUAUUUACAUCAAGUAUUAUCAUCAAUUACCUCACCACAAUUAAUACGUUGUGGUUCUAGAGAAGCUGAAAUUUCAUGGAAUGAAAUUGAUAUAAAAGAAUUAUUAUUACAUAAUAAUACUUCAUCAUCAUUAAAUAUUGAAUCAUCAGAAUUUACUUAUGAAGUAUUUUUAUAUGAACAUUCAGAGAGUGGUCGAUUAAUAUUAAAUCAAACAGCUGAUUGUAAUCAAUUAAAAAUGAAAUUAUUAAAAUUAAAACCAUUUACAAAUUAUUGGGUAAAUAUGAGAGUUGCUUUAAUUGAUCGUGAUAUAUAUGGAUCACCAUCAAAAUAUCUUUCAUUUAAAACAAAUCCAUCAGUACCAGAUGCUCCAUCAUCAGUUAAAUGUAUAUCAAAAUCAGCUACAUGGGUUCAAAUAACAUGGAAAUAUCCAAAUAAUAAUGGUAGUCCUAUAAGUAAUUUUAUUGUACAAUUUGCUAAAAAUAAACUUGAUCCAUUUGAUAAAGUAUGGGAAGGUUUAAGUGAUACAUGUAAAAUAACUGAUCUUGAACCAUCAUCAAGUUAUAGAGUUAGAAUUAUAGCUGUUAAUAGUGAAGGUAAUAGUGAACCUAGUUUAAUGAUACCAGUUAAUACUUAUGCUGUUCAUAAAAAUACAACACCAACAAAACCACCAAAUCUUCCAACUGUUGUUGAAGUUGGUGCUGAAAAAGUUAAAAUAAGAUGGGAUGAAAAUCAAAAUACAAAUGAUAUUAAAGGAAAUUUUAAUAAUAAUAAAAAUAAUCAACAUCAUUCACUACUUAUUUAUACACUUGAAAUGUGUGAAGUUAAUGAUAAAGUUAUCUCAAAAUUAACAACAGUACCAAAACAUAAAUAUAUUUUUAAUACAGCUAUUGUUGAUGUUUUUCCUGAUAAAGAAUAUCAAUUUAGGAUUGCUGUAUCACAUCCAAAUGGUAAUUGUGUACGUAGUGACUGGGUAACUGUACAUACACCAUCAAAAGAUGGUAAUAUUGAAAGAUUUUCUGAUAUUGCACCAAAAGGUAUUGUAUUUAUGCCAACACCAAUUAAUUUAAAAAGAUUACGUACACUUGAUAAUGAUGCAAUUGAAAUUGGUUGGCAAUAUACUGGUAAAGAAGAUGUAUAUUAUAUAUUAGAAGGUUGUUAUUCAACUGAUUGUAUUAAUUGGAAAGUUAUUUAUAAUGGUAAAAUGAAUUCAUAUGUUAAUAAAGAUAUUAAACUUUCUGCAUUUCGUGUACGUGCUGUUAAUUGUGAUGAACAAAGUUCAGCAUGGUCAGAAGUAAUGUUUGUUGUACGUAAAAAAAAUUCUAAUGAUAAGUAUUUUGGUAAUAUUAAUGAUUCACAUUCUCCUAGUAUUGGUAAACCACCCUGUUCAACACAACCAAAAUUUUCUAAUAUAACAUCAAAUUCUGUUAAAGUUUCAUGGAAAUUAGUAUUUUUUAAUUCACAAAAAAAUGAUGAAUGUAAUAUUAAUGAAAAUAAUUCUAUAACACCACAUUAUUCUCUUAAUUCAUUUAUUGCAUCAAAUACACCAGUAUUUUAUGAAUUACAAAGAGUUGAUACAACUCCUCUUAUUAUAUAUUCCGGUGAUGUUCCAGAGUAUACAAUUGAAGAUCUUAAUGCAAUGGAACAUUUACAAGUACGUGUACGUGCUGUAGCUAUUGAUAAAAUGGGUGUUAGAAAUGAAGGAGAUUGGAGUUGUAUUGGUAGUUGUUGUACAUUAUCAUCAUUACCAAGUAAACCAUUAAAUCUUAAAAUACAAACAGUCUCUGGAACAUUAGGACAAAAUAAAUGUGGUGUAAAAUUAUUAAUUUGGAAUGAACCAUCUGAAUUAAAUGGUUGUGAAAUUAUUGAAUAUAAAAUUUAUAAAUUUCAGGAAGAAAUUAAUGAAAAUACUACUAAUGAUAAAAAUAAUAGACGUUUUGAAUAUUUUUCAUCAACUAUAGAUACAAAUUUAAUGUUAGAUAAUCUCAUUCCAAAUCAAAAAUAUAUAUUUACUGUAUCAAUUUUAACAAAUCUCGGUGAAAGUGAACAAAGUGAUAGUAUUGAAUUUAUAACAGAACAAUCUGUACCAUUUCCUCCAUCAUAUUUUGAUAUUAUAGAUAUAACAACAAAUUCAUUUGAAGUAAUAUGGAAAAAACCAAAAACUAAAAGUAAUGAAAUAACAAAAUAUUGUUUAGAAAUAUAUAAUGGUAAUAAAUGUGAAUCAAUGAAAGCUGUUAGAGAUUGUGAAACAAUACCAAUGGAAAUAUUUUAUACAGAACCAGAUAUUAAUAAUAAAAUAAUAACUGAUUUAAAAUCUGAAACACCAUAUUUUGUUAAACUUUAUGGUAUAUCAAAAACAGGUAAAGGUAUUGAAGUAAUAAAGCUUGUUAAUACAUUGCCUAAACCACCAUCACCACCAAAUUUAAUAGUUUUAUUAGCAGCAAGUAAUUUUUUAAAAAUUAAAAUAAAUGCACCAAAUGAUAUAAAUUAUUUUUCAUUAGAACAAGAAAUUGAAGGUGAUUUUGAGGAAAUUUAUCAUGGUGAAUUAAGGACAAUUAAGGCAAAAAAUUUAGAUGAAAAUACAUUUUAUAAUUUCCGUAUUCGAGCUGCAUUUCAUCAAUCUCAUCCAUUUGGUGAUUAUUCAUCUACUUAUACAUUUAAAACAUCUCAUACACCACCACCACAAUUAAAAGCUUCUCCUACAAUAACAGAAAUUUCUCAGGGUACAUUUAACAUUGAAUGGCCACAUGUUAAAAUGACUGGCAUACAAGAUAAUGAUGAUGUUAUAUGUUAUCGUCUUCAAAUAACUAAUAGAUUUGGUAAAGAAAAAAAUGGUGAACCAUGGAAAACAAUAUAUGAAGGAACAAAUAAUUCAUUUAUCUAUGAAUCAGACAAUGGAAGUUUAGUUUACUCUAAACAAAUUCGUAUAAUUGUCAUUAAAUUUGUAGAUGGAAUGGAAGUACAAUCAUUACCUAGUCCAACAUUUAAUUUUAAACCUAUAUUAACACAUUCAGUACCAGAUUCACCCAGAAAAAGGAAUGGUAAUAAUGGUAAAAUAGAUGAUUCAAAUUCUUCAACAAUAUCUACCUCUCCAACUAAGAUUAAUAAAAGCAUGAUUGGUAGUAGUAAAAGGAGAUGGUGGAUAGUAAAUUUUUGUAGGCGACAUGCACGUGAUAUUAAAAUGGGGGUUUUAUGUAUUAUUUUAGCAUUUGUCGCAAUAUGUAUUAUUUCAGCAUUCUUUACCAGAAUGACUAGUGGAAAAUAG